AUGAGACUCCCCACCCUCCACAUCCUCCCCCUCCUCCCUCUAACCCUAAUCACCCUAACCACGGCAACCCCCCACCUUCAGCCCCGCGACACCACCCCCUUCACCACGGGCCUAACCACCAUCACCGCCGCCGCCACCACCCUCGACGUCCAAAUCCUGACCUACCCCGGCGGCGACGACAUCUCCAACAUCACCGCGGGCGCCGCGACGCUCAUCAAUGCCUUCCUGGCCGAGACCAAGACCAUCCAGCCAGACUUCCUCAAUGCCACCGAGGCCGCGGCCCUCCUACCACCCCUCGAGACCCUCGCCGCGCAGAUUUCCGUCGUGGUGGCCGACUACAUCGGCAUCCACGCCGCGAUCGCUGCCACCGCCGCCUCCAGCGAUGGCGGCUGGUACAUCUACUCCCAGCUGCAGGAGGAGCACACCGCCGCGCUGAGCUACACCGGCAGCGUGGUGGCCCGCAUCCCGGCGGGCGAGGUCAAGGAUGCGGCGGCGGUGUGGGCGGGGAAUAUCACGGAUACCUUGCUGGAUGGACGGGAUGCGUAUAAGGAUAUUGCGGUUAGGCCGACGGGGUAUUGA